CAUCAAGGGUACCCUGAAAUCGACCUAACCUUGCCCACUGACCUCUGCUCCCAUCUCCUCAACAACCCGAAAAUCGACACCAAUUCCACGCAAGAACAAACCCCAAAUCCUUCAUACAAGCAACUAUCACUAUCCCUAUGUAAAUCCAUCACUUCCAACCAGGAUUCCCAAUUACUCAACACACUCAAAUCAGUAGACUUUGAACUCCAUGUUCAGGAGCCCUUCUUCACACAAAUCAAACAUGGCAUAAAGACAACCGAAGGAAGAUGCAACGUUGGUAACUACAGUCGAAUCGAAACAGGAGCUCCGAUCCUCUUCAACAAAUGUCUUGUUGUCGAGGUUAAGGAAGUCAGAUCGUAUGGUUCGUUUUCUGAUAUGUUGAAGGCAGAGAGCCUAGAGAAGGUUCUGCCCGGUGUGAAAACCAUUGAAGAGGGUGUUCAAGUCUACAGGAGAUUCUACUGUGAGGAAACUGAAAGGUCCAAUGGUGUCAUUGCCAUAUGUAUUGAAAAAUUGGCUAUUCAACCCUACUUGUACUUGGCCAAAUUAUUAGGGUCGUGAGGGAAUUCAAAGCCUUUUGAAGGCUCAAUUCACAUGAAUUCAGUGUCUAAAAUUUGUAGCUAUACCAAAUGAGGAAAAUAAAAAAUUCAGUUAAAGAUGUUAUCUUUUUUUAGUUUUUAUGCGAUUUCAGAACAAGCAAAAACAAAGGAUGAGAUGAAAGACAGGCCUCAGAUUAGCAUAUUGGCACAUUCCUCAAGCCAACGACAGCCGAUUGUGGUGUGGAUGGAAAUGGGAAAUCCACACAACUGCGCAUAAGAACGGCGUCGUUGGUUCCUAGCCCCAACGCUUCUCAUCAUCAGCCCCCAUUACACAACAUCAGAAAUCCAAAACGACACCUUCCCAGAAUAACGGAUAGGAAAAUCCCUAAUCAUUUCAGGACCAACUACCAAUUCAGAAAAUAAAUUCGAUCGUUUUGAAAUUUGGG